AUGACAACGCGAUCAUAACCAAAAAACAGUAAGAUGCUGGUCAUGAUCUGACAAAAAUAAAUACGGUUUCUUCAUUGUCGUUUCUAUGGAUCAGUUUUUAUCCGUAUGCCUGUGUCUUCUCCUCGCACGAGGACUUUGUGAUGAAGAGAGGGUUGAAGUGUUCCGGGAUGAUUUCGAGACGUUAGAUUUUGAGAAAUGGGACAUGAAAUCUUGGCAGAAAGUGCGCGUUAAUAACGGUGUAUUGUCACUGCGAAGUGUUCUAAACUGUGACAAUGGAUCACUGUACCGCAACGAUAUCGGCUAUAUCCGCACCAGGAAUUUUACUUUUAAAUACGGUGAACUGCUAAUUCGAUUCAAAUAUCCCAGCAUGUCAGCUGAGGAAGCCAGCGGAGGCUCGCUGUUGAGGCUGUCGUCUGAUGUACGUCCAUGGGAGGUUUACAUUGGUGCUGUUGCAAAAUAUCCACGCGAUAUCGGUGGUGUGGUAAAUUACAUUACGGCUUCGGGAAAAGAUGGUCACUAUUAUCAAAGUUACCACUACUUGGGCGGUAUUUUUAGCAAGAGAGACCUGACAUUCGAUUUUCACCUGUACCGCCUAGUCUGGACUAAAGAGCGCGUGGAACUUUUUCUGGAUGACAGCCGGAUAAUUAACCUUACCGUACCGGAACCGAAAGACUGGCCUGCAAUGAGAUUCGAUAUGUUUACCACUUCGGACAUCGAAGAAUCAGUUUGCCAAAACCAAUCAAUUAAACGUUCUUAUGAGCUUCUAAUUGACUACAUUAUUGUUCGACAAUAUUCCAGCCGACCGAGCAGUGGACAUUCGAACGGCCGUAUUGAAGUGAUCCUGGGCGUAAUUCUUCCGGUAGCAGUGGUAGCAUCAGUAACAGUUUCCUGUUUUCUGCUGUGGCGCGCCAGACAGCGUCGUACUGAGCGAGCCGAGAGUAAAUUAAACUUGACGGCUUCGCUCAGCGUUUCUGAAGUUCCAAGUGAAUACACGAUGACGGUGUUUGAUCUCAGCGCGGAAGCGGCGAAUUUGCAUGCUGAUGCACGCGUGAGAGCAAUGGAAAUCUCGCUGCUUAAUUUGCAUAUCACCAAUAUGGUUUUGGGUCGUGGCUUGACCAGCGUUAUCCGGAAAGGACUCCUACGUGGACGUUAUCAUCAGUCUGCACUAACUGAGGUUGCCGUUAAAAGCGUGAGAGAUGACCGGGAUCUAAUGGAACGACGACAACUGAUGCAAGAACUGAGAGUUUUGACGACACUGGAUUCUCAUCCGAAUAUUGUGAAGCUCGUUGGAGUGGUACUGAAAGGAGAACUCCUCGUGGUUACUGAAUACGCUAAGUUUGGUUGUCUCAAAUAUUUACUGAAAGUUCUUGGUGCGGAACGGUUUUACAACCACGUAAGCCCAGACGGAGACAUCUUAGCCUAUGACGAAGAUGAAGCGGAACGAAUUAAAUUCACCAAAGAGCAACUAUCGUGCCCUGUGGAUACUAUGCAAUAUGCGGGUUUGGUUUUGUCCACGCAAACGUUGCUCGUUUACGCUGGCCAGAUUAGUCGUGGGAUGGAGUACCUGAGUGCCUCGUCCAUUGUCCACCGGGAUCUAGCCGCUCGAAAUAUUCUCAUCUGUGAUGGAAAUGUUGCCAAAAUAUCUGAUUUUGGAUUAGCGCGGCAAGGCUCGGAAUAUGUUAUCCAGGCGUCUAAGGAGGCGCUACCCGUUCGCUGGAUGCCGCCAGAAUCUAUCCAGAAUGCAGUUUAUUCUGAGAAGUCGGACGUGUGGUCGUUUGGUGUGGUUUUAUGGGAAAUGUUUAGCCUGGGCGCCUUACCCUACGCCGGCUUCCGUAUUUCACCCGGGAACAACAUUUCGGAUUUCCUGACGGCACUGCAGACGGGGUCACGGUUGGAUAAGCCGUCUGCUUGUCCAAUCAUAAUUUACGAUUUGAUGUGCGAAUGCUGGAAACUGUCACCUGAUGACCGUACGGAUUUUCUUCGGCUGACCAAGAAUUUACAGAAUAUUAUUGAUGCUGUAUGCAUCGCACAUAUACCCUCCGAAUAAAGAGGCACCUUUGUGUGCAAAAGCACAUAAACUAUUUUUUAAAUAUAUCUUUCUGCAUGCUGUCAUUUCCCAUGGUUACUUUUCAUUAUUAUACUGUAUAUCGUGAUCAAAACCUACUACAGCAGUCAGUUACUAGAAAA